AUGCCACAGGCUCUGCUGGCCCCGUCAGCUCCUUCUCCUGGAGGUGUCUGCUUCCCGGACUUCAGGCUGCCCAGGGAGGAGGAGAAAGUGGCCACGUCCCCUGAGACCCCCCCACACAGCCAGGCCCAACACUCCCCACGCAUCACUCCUCGGAACAUCGCCACCACCCUGCACGUUUACAGACGAGACAGCAGUGUCCUGUCACUUCUCACGAUGACCCUCAAAGCAGCGCAGGGCAGCCCAGAGGUUUGGCCCACAGCUCUAGAGCCAGCCUACCUGGGUUCGCAUCUUGCCCCUGCCCUGUACUGGCUGCUGACCUUCAGCAGGGGCCAGAUCAGAAAUGAAGACGGCCUCGUAGAACCAGACCAUCACCAUCUGCAGCCCAAAGGAAUCAGCGCCCUGAACGUGACAGCUGCCAACAUGAUGCCAGGGCCUCCUGACGGGAGACCACGAUUCCUGGCCCGAGUGAGCCGGACCCCAGGACACAGGGGCACGGGGACCCCACCGGGACAACUCAGUCGGAGGACGGGCUGCUGA